AUGGCCGAUGCAGCUGGACUUGACGAAAUCGGGACGCUCAAGAACUUUGCAAUUAGGCCCGAGGACACCAAGCUGAGACUGACCUGGCGAUUCGUCAAGACCUACCGCAAGAUUAUCUUCGCUGUCUGCUGGGCCAUCUUUCCCAUACCCUUGAUCGUGAUUUACGACUCCCUGGAAAUCCGAUGUGCUUACGUGGUGUUGCUGAUGGCAGGGUACUGGGUGAGCGAGUGCUUCCCUAUGGCGGUGACAUCCCUGAUUCCCAUAGUGCUCUUCCCGUCUCUCGGGAUACUCGACACGAUAGACACCUGCACUUGUUACAUGAACGACACCAUAAUGGUGUUUAUCGGCGGUUUGAUCCUUGCUGUCGCCAUCGAGCACUGCAAUCUGCACAUGAGAAUCGCCCUCGGGGUCGUCAAAAUGGUCGGCUUCAGUCACGCGAAGCUACUCGGUGGCCUCUGCGCGGUGACGACCUUGAUAUCCAUGUGGGUGUCAAACACCGCGGCCACUGCCAUGAUGGUGCCCAUUAUUUUCGCCGUUCUACGAGAGCUGGAACAAGUAUUAGAUCAAGUUUUCGUGAAAAGCUUUAAGUACAAAAGUUGUAGGAAAUCGAGUAACGGACUUGACGGUGACCUCAAAUUUGAUCUUGACCUUGAUCUUCAAGGCAGGACACAGCGCGGUGUUCCAGACAGAAACGGACCCCGAGAGGCCGGACGUUCCGGGGUGAGUAAAUUGAAUAUUCAUCGCGCGAUCGCGAUGGACGGUCUCUUCAAUGAUAAUAACAUCUCCAGCGAAAUAAGACCGACGAGGGUGACGAGAGCGUACAUGCUGGCAGCGGCUUACUGUUCCACAUUCGGCGGCACGGGGACGUUGGUGGGAACCGGCACGAAUUUGACUUUCAAAGGGAUUUACGAGAGCAUAUUCCCCACCGCCGAGACAAUUAGCUUCACACACUGGAUGAUCGCGUCCUUUCCCCAGAUGGUCAUCAAUUCUUUCCUCACGUGGCUGUACCUGCGAAUUGCUUACCUGGGGUAUCUGAGGCCGCGCAGUAAGGACGCUCAGCUAGCGGCGAUCGGGGCGGAGGGUGAAGCCAUCACUCGUCAAGUUAUACAAGAGAAAUACAAGGACCUGGGCCCGUUAUCCUUCCACGAGUCGGGAGUGACCGUCUUGUUCAUCAUGUGCGUGUUACUUUGGAUAUUCCGCAAGCCUGAAUUCAUCGUAGGAUGGGCGGAAUUGCUCACCGAUGUAGAACUCAAGGACUCGGUGCCGGUGAUAUUCGUCUCUAUCCUGAUGUUCUUCAUCCCCAAGGACCCCAGCUUCAUUCACAGUUUCAGCCGAGAUCCCGCCAAGAGACCAAAGAGCUCCUCGGAAGGCUUGAUGACGUGGAAGAUCAUCGAGACGAAAAUGCCGUGGGGCUUGAUAUUCCUGCUGGGCGGUGGAUUUGCGAUCUCGAGGGGGACCGUCAAUUCUUGCCUGGCGAAAAAGGUCGGCGAGUCUAUGCUACCGUUGCAGCAUCUGCCACCCAUCGUGAUCCUCUUCCUGGUGUGUCUUCUCAUCGGCACCAUAACGGAGUUCACCUCGAAUGUGGGCAUUGCGAAUAUCACCUUGCCGGUGAUAGCUCAGAUGUGCGUGGUGAUGAAAUUGCAUCCGAUGUACCUGAUGGUGCCCGCCACGCUCAUGUGUUCGUUCUCGUUCCGCCUUCCGGUCGGAACACCGCCGAACGCGAUCAUAGCCACCCAGGGGCACAUCCCGACCAAGUGGUUAAUAACCGGAGGCUUCGCGCCCGCGAUUUAUAGUCUGAUAGUUCAGGUCAUUCUAUUUCCGACGUGGGGCGUUUACGUCUUCGGGAUCAGCGAUUUCCCCGAGUGGGCCGUGCCUCAAAUGCUCAACGCAAACAAUAAUAGUAUGUUACAAUGGAUGAUGAAUAUUGGUAGUACUAGGAUAGAGCAGGACUACACCCUCUAA